AUGUUUGACACAACUGACUUUUCUCACAACUAUCUCAUCAAAACUGCAAUGUUAUGCAAGUCAAUGAACGAAAUUGGCUUCGGCCGAUACCAAUAUGGUCUUUUCUUUGUCGCAGGCUUCGGGUGGUUUGUUGAUAAUGCCUGGCCUGUGACCACCAGUUUGAUGAUACCUGUUCUUAGAGAGACAGACGGAAUUCAUCCACCAAGAGGAAAAGGUCCAUACUUGGGAUUAGCCCAAAAUCUCGGGUUAUUGGUAGGAGCAGCCGUUUGGUCAUUGUCUUCAGAUGUAAUCGGCAGAAGAUGGCCCUUCAAUUUGUCAUUUUUAAUUACAGGAGUUUGGGCUGUAGUAGCAGGUUCAGCUCCAAACUUUGGAACAUUGUCUGUGUUUGUGUCGUUGUGGUCAGUGGGUGUUGGUGGUAAUCUUCCAGUGGAUUCUGCGUUGUUUCUUGAAGCACUUCCUAGCACCCACCAGUGGCUUCUUACUAUGAUGUCUGGAUGGUGGGCUCUUGGACAGCUAGCUGCUAACUUGAUUGCAUGGGGAUUGAUAGGUAACUACUCAUGCGAUACACAUUCGGAAACUUGCUUGAAGGCUGAUAAUAAGGGUUGGAGAUAUUUUUUGUUCACAAUGGGAGGAUUGACUCUUUUGUUUUUUAUUGCCCGAUUUUGUUUCCCUGUAUUCGAAUCUCCAAGGUUUUACGUAGCCUGUGGUAGAGACGACUUGGCUAUCGAGACUCUCAAAAAAAUUGCUAAGAUCAACGGUACUGAAGUGUCACUUACUCUAGAAGCUUUGCAAAAGGUGGAUGAGCAAUUCCCCGAAGAGAAUGUUGUAAAGAACCGGUUGUUCAAUGAUAAAAUACAAAAGUUCAAUGCUGAGCACAUACGUAACUGUUUCCGUUCAAAGAAAAUAGCUAUGUCAACGAUACUUGUGAUUAGCACCUGGGCGAUUAUCGGAUUAGCAUUUCCCUUGUACAAUGCCUUCGUACCAUAUUUCCUCCAAACAAAAGGCGAUGUGAACAAGCCUUUAAACCUACAUGAGACGUAUCGAAACUCCUCGAUUGUAUCACUGGUGGGGAUACCUGGAACCUUUGUAGCUGGGUUCUGUGUGGAAACAAAAUUUGGUAGAAAGGGGACUCUAAUGGGAUCUCUAAUACUCACAGGAGUGUUCCUUUUUGCCUCCACCUCCGCCAAAACUUCUAAUACCUAUUUGGGAUGGAACUGUGCCUUCAGUUUUGUGUCAAACAUUAUGUACGGGGUUUUAUAUGCCUACACACCGGAGAUAUUUCCUACCAAAAUCAGAGGAACAGGAGUUGGCUUGGCUGCAACAGCCAAUCGAAUACUAGGUAUUCUUGCGCCUAUAAUUGCCAUUUAUGCGAACUUAGCCACUUCAGUCCCUAUAUUUAUCAGCGGUGCCUUGUUUAUUUUCGCUGGGAUCUUGGUAGUUUUCUUUCCAUAUGAACCUAGGGGACACAGUUGUUCUUAG